AUGGAUAAGUGUGGUUUCUGGAAUGUGAGAGGUCUGAACAUGCCUAACAAAACCAGUGAUGUGCUAUGGUUCCUUAGACAACAUAAACUUGGCUUGUUUGGACUUCUUGAAACAAAAGUUAAAAGUGCUAAAUUUGGUGAGGUAUUUAGUAGGUUGGGUGAUGAAUGGUCUGCUGUGGCAAAUUAUGCUUAUAGUAGGAAAGGUAGGAUUUGGGUUAUUUGGACCCCUUCUGUUUUUCAGGUGAAUAUUCUGCGAGUUUCUUCUAAGCUAAUUCACUGUAAAAUUGUGCAUAGAAGUACCGGGUUCAAUUUUUGUGGUUCUUUUGUUUAUGGUGGAAAUUUGAGUGAAGAGAGAGUUGCGUUGUGGAAGGAUAUUGUGGAUAUCAUUAAGAACACUCAAGACCCAUGGUUUGUUUGUGGAGACUUUAAUAAUGUUUUGAACCUUGGGGAUAGGGUGGGUUCUACUGUUGAUUUGAAAGAAGUAGAACAGUUUAGAGAGUGUAUUCAAGACAGUUUGUUGAUGGACUGGAAUACAGGUGGGCCUUUUUAUACUUGGAAUAACAAACAGGAUGCAGGGAGUAGAGUCUGUACUAGGAUAGAUAGAGUUCUUGUGAAUGCUAAUUGGGUUGAUAAGUUCUGUGAGGCAAGAGCUACGUUUAUGCCUGAAGGUCUCAUGGACCAUUUCCCUUGUAUCAUCUUCCUGUUUGAUCAUAAGGACAAUGAUGCUGUGAGAGAGGCUUGGAGUACCCCUGUGCAGGGCACUGCUAUGUUCACAGUAAUCAAAAAGCUUAAUGUAGUGAAAAAUGCCUUAAAGCAAAUGAAUUUGCUGAAUUUUUCUGAUAUUUUAAGUAAGGAUUCCCAGUUGGCUGCUGAUUUGUAUAAGUGUCAGAUGGAGCUUGUGUCUGAUCCAGGUAAUGCUGUUUUGAUUGAGAAAGAAAUUGAAACUAGGAGACUAUAUGCUGAUGCUCAUUCGAAAAAAAUGAAGUUUCUGAAGCACAAAGCAAAGGACCCUGAUCAGAUAGCUUCUGCUUUUGUUGAGUAUUAUCAGAAUUUUCUUGGGUCAAACUCUAAGCCUAAAAAGCAUAUUCAUCCUAGUGUAAUUAGUGAGGGUGCUGUUUUGAACUCGGAGAUGCAGGAUAAGUUGUGUAGGCCAUUUAAUGAGAAGGAUGUGAAAGAUGCUCUCUGGAAAAUUGAUGAUGAUAAGGCCCCGGGUCCGGAUGGUUUUUCUAGCAAAUUUUUCAAGGCUUCUUGGGAGGUGGUGGGUUCUGAUUUUACAAAGGCUGCUCUUGAUUUCUUUGCCUCUGUCAUUUCUAAAAUGCUUUGUGAAAGAUUGAAGGAGGUUUUGCCUUUUCUUGUUUUUGAGAUGCAAGGGGCUUUUGUUAAGGGUGGGUCUAUUCUGGAUAACAUCUUGAUCUGUCAAGAUAUGUUAAAAAGCUAUAACAAUAAGAGAAUGGCUUCUAGAUGCAUAAUAAAAGUUGACUUGAGAAAGGCCUAUGAUUCUGUCCACUGGAGUUUUAUUAAGGAUAUGUUAAGUGCUUUAAAUUUCCCUCCUAUGUUCAUUUCUUGGAUUAUGUUGUGUGUAUCUUCUCCCUCCUUUUCCAUUAUGAUUGAUGGAGGCAUGUUUGGUUUCUUUAAAGGGAAGCAGGGAGUUAGACAGGGAGACCCUCUAUCUCCAUUGAUUUUUGUGUUGGUUAUGGAAUAG